AUGGAGCACGACGAGAAAAAUCGUGAUUUAAGCUCCGAGGUGGAAGAAUCAGCAAAGUCCAUCAAGUGCAAGGGCAAGAAAAGGCGACAGGGCUCCAACAGGGUCGCCGCGUAUCGUCCUGGGUGCAGCUGGAUGGAUCCUUACCAGGACCAAAACAUAAAUGAAGAUCAGAGCACUAGUUCCUCAGAUGAGGAUCAGAGCACUAGUUCCUUAGAUGAGGAUCUGAAAAGAGCAAUUGCUGAAUCCCUGAAAGAUAUGGAAGAUAGGGUGACCCAUAGGUCAAUCUAA